AUGCAGUGGGAAGCUCAAACCUCCUCCUUUCAAGAGAUCAAGGACGAAGAUAACCAAUCUAGUUCUUCACCAUACCAGUCCAAUUCUAGGACACCCAUAAACCCUCCAGUCAACAAGGGGACAAGCAACAUCUUUUUCAAGACCCGGGUGUGUGCCAAAUUCAGAGCUGGUAAUUGCAGGAAUGGUGAGAAUUGCAACUUCGCUCAUGGGGUUGAAGAUUUGCGACAACCCCCACCAAAUUGGCAAGAACUUGUAGGGGCGCGUGGUGAUGAGGAAAGAUCAUCAGGGAAUUGGGAGGAUGAUCAGAGGAUCAUUCACAGGAUGAAGCUAUGCAAAAAGUUUUAUAAUGGGGAGGAAUGCCCUUAUGGGGAAAGGUGCAAUUUCCUUCAUGAAGAUCCUGCCAAGUUUAGAGAUGAUAAUAGGUUUAGAGAAAGCUCUGCUAUCAGCAUUGGAACCACUCCUCCGCCAGUGGUGCAUGGAAGCGGGGGUACUCAAUCUGAAGUUAAUAGGUCUGCUAACAACAACAACAUGAUGAUGAUGAUGAAGCCUGUUUACUGGAAGACAAAAUUAUGUACAAAAUGGGAGACAACCAGUCAUUGUCCCUUUUCCGAUAAAUGCCACUUUGCUCAUGGGCAAGCAGAGUUGCAGAUGUUUGUUGGACGCGUUGAAGGGGAUGGUGGGAAUACAACCUCUACUGUCGCAAAACCUAACAUUGUUGCUGCAAAUGAUGCAUCUAUGAUGAAGACAGUAGUAAGUGGUCCUGUCUUACAGGAAGAAGGACAGGGUAAGAAGUGUUUGUUUAAAUGGAAAGGACCCAAGAAAAUCAACAGGAUCUACGCA